GCUCGCCCUGGCGACUCCGGCGCAACCUGGGCUCCUCAGUAGAGUGCAGAAACUGCGCAUGUUAUCAUCCUCUCGGUGCGUUAUUGUUUGACGCUAAGGUGCAGCGGCAGGAAUAGCAGGAGGUAAUUUUUCCGUGUAUGAUGUUAUUGGUACCGCGUUUGUCGUCGGAAGCCGGUAAUCUGCAGCGAGCCCUGAAACCAGACAAAUCUCAGAACGAGUGUAUAAGUGACAGUAUGUCGUGCAGGUAGAAACGACUAAGGAAGUUUCGAUCUACCCGUACGUGUGUUGUUGUUGUUGUUGUUGUUGUUGUUGUUAUUCGAAUUCGAAUCCGGUGCAACGGUUUUUCCUUCGCGCCAUGGUCACGUGCUACGUGCAGCCGAACGCGCUGCAGUGAUUGAUCGACGGUUCGAAUCUUGAUGGUUUAAAAUUACUUACAUGUGCGCGUCGUUGUGAUCCUCGAAUCUCCAAAUACCGCCCCGCGGCUACCGGUGUCCAAUAGAUGUGAUAAACUCGGUCCGUUUGCGAAAACUUGAGAAACGUUUUCAGCCGCUAAAAUAGAGCCGCGUAUCGCGACAUGUCGGUGUCCGUUUAUUCAAAAAGCUGAUACAGGUGCAGCGGAUCUACUACAAGAUAACAACGAGGUCAGAUUUGCCGCGAGGUGACGACGCUUAUCAUGGACUCGGGGGAUGGAAAUACGGAUCCUACCUGCUUCGGCAGCGGCAGCAUUGCCGGGGCUGUUAUCGGCACUUUCUUAACAACGAUUUUACUCUUGGCUGUUGCUGCCUUGUUCUACAGACAGUGGAGGAGACACAAGGGUAAACACCUAGUCCUGGUGACGGAUCCGGAGAUCGUCGAAGACGCUUACGCGUUCGAUAAUCCCUGUUUCAAAGAUGCCGCGACUCCAGCCGCAAUCACUAGGACCAUCGAGCGUCCGAUGUCAGCAGCGUCAGUAGCAUCCGUGGAAACCCCCGUGAAGGACGCUACACGAUGGUCAACGUCCUGGUCUUCCUUAGGUCUGGGUUCUGCAGUUAGGAACGACAAACGACGCACCUUGGACGAUUCCUGCCUCGGGCCAAAAGCAACGCGCGUAAGUCACGUGAGUCUCAGAAGUCGGGACUUUACGGGACUCGGGUUCAACGUGUGCGGAAACAUGCGAGAGGGGAUCUUCGUCAAGGAUCUUUUGAACCGCGGCCCCGCGUCGGAAUCUGGUCGAAUUCACCCUGGCGACCGAAUAGCCAGUGUUAAGAUCAGCUUCAGAAACAUGGUAUACGAGGACGCCCUGACCAUCCUGAGCUACGCGUCACCGUACGACGUUGAAUUGGAGGUGGAAAAUGGAGGUCCGGGCUCAAAACCUACUACGCUUCUGAAAAAGAGCGUAGGCCCAAGCCCUACGAGGAUUUGUCAUCCUCUCUACAGAAGUCAAUCGAUUCCAGAACUGACUCCAUCUAACAAAAGCACAGCUAAGAGGCUGUUUACCGCAGAUCUGAGCGACACGUUAGGCUCGAGUUACUCUACCAUGAAUUCAACUGUGAAGUCUUCCAAGUCAGCGACGGGCAAUCAGUCUCUGGAAAGGCGUUCAGUUUCUACAGAAGAUGGCAAGAGCAACCAUCACAAGUUCGGAAUAAAAGUGUUACCAGCGUUGGACGGCAUGGUGCACAGGAUAGAGAACCAGAAUGAGCACAACACGAACUUGGAACGUCGCAACUCGAAGAAAAUGGACGCCGAAGAGAUACUGUCCAAUUCGAGGAACGUCGUACUCGCCGGUGAGGUGACACCCGAGGCGAAAAAGACCGUUGAGAAUCUACAACAGAGGGAAAACAACUUCGACGUUAAUUCGAGGGUAAAGAUGGACGUCGCUCCGGGCCAUGGCCUUGAACUGAACGGGAUCGAUGUACCUGAUAAGGGGGAAGAUCAGGGUCGAAUUCCCUCGGAGAUACCGGAAGAGGUUCAUAAUGCUGCGGUUGCGGCACGUAGGAAUAGGAGAAACAGCGCGGAGCUUUUGAGUCAAUCGAAAACUCAGAACGAUUCAUUUGACGCAGACGAUACGGCGGACUCGAAGAGCUCCCUGCAGAAGAACAAGAGAAAAGCUCCUGCACCGCCAAAGGAAAAGACUCCGGUACCGGAGACAUCCCAAACUGUGAGCAAAAAGGAAACGGUUCAGAGUUCUCCGUUGAACUAUAACAACGAUGAUAGUGGAGACAAGUUCGACAGCAUAACCGAUUACACAGAAUCGUUGAACGACUACGUGACCAAGGUCCGCGAGACUACGGACGGAGCCGAAGCACGUCGUCAACGACUCGAAAACCAGACCUGCAGACGGAACUCGGAGUCAGACACAGAUAGCGAACUCCAGAACAGCUUUACGACCAUAGAAUUGAAUCCGGCGGACAUAACAAUUCAUCAUACUCCGGUGCCAGAAGUCGAUGACGACAUUUACAGGAAGGCGGCUAGCCUCGGUGACCUUUCGAAAUACGAGAGCAAGGCAACCUCGACCCUGGAAAGAGCGCAGAGUUUGGACAUGACGGAUACUGGAUCGAAAAAACGAAAGGCCCCGCUACCGCCGGAGGAUAUAAACGAGUCCACUGAGGAUCUGACGAAACUCGACGACAUGGACACCUUCCAGAGGCGGAAGUUGAAAAAGUCGAACGAAUGGGGAACCUUGGAGGACGCGAUAUGGGGAAAAACGGAGUCGGAGGUUCUGGACGAAGAGACACCGAAGACGAGAAAGAAGAGCAAGGGAACGCUGGAGAGAUCUAAGUCAGCUGUUGAGAUGAAGCCGAAGCAAGACAGUUCGUCGACGGGCUUAAAGCACUUCGACGUUUCAAAUGUAACCGGCGAGACGAGCAUCGAACUGUACAAUUUACCGCUUAGCAAGAAACUGACCUACGAUUUUAUACACGGUGAAAGGAUGUUCAAUCCUGAUCAGGACAACUCGUUAGCCCGGAUAGUGAACAACGGGGACGUGGUGAAAAGCCCAACGUUCGAGGAGGUCGAACUGGAUUUCAGACAAGCCAAACCUCUGAUCGAUGACGAGAAGGAAGCCAGACUCGAUAUCGAUGAAGCGUUGGAGUAUUUUGAUCUGAGGAGAAGUGCCGGGGAGGCAAAAAUUCCGGUUGAAAAUAUAUUGGAAAAAAAAGAAACUGUCAAACCGAGCGAAGCUAAGCCAAUUUAUUAUUACAACAACGUCGAAGUUGUCGAAGAACCGAUGACAAAGACGAUCGUCGAUACCAGCUGUCCCGGCUGUAGACGCGCCCUGAAUGGCCACCAGAAUGAAAGUUGUAACAAACACAGUGAAAGACCAGACAGCAAAAUUCCGGACAUAAUUCAAACAACAAAUGACAGAGACAAAAUGAACUCGUCGUUCACUACUGAGCAACAAAACUAUCGAACGGAAUCGAACGACGUCAGCGAGAACAGACGAGCGGACAUAACAUCACCGGUAUUUCAGAUCAAUCGGCAAAAGUUUGACCCUUUUGAAGUGGCAAAGCCAGCCGCUCCAGCCUCGUCAUUUCACAUACAAAGUACGAAAGUCGAGCCAUUGAACACGGAGGAGAAGCGGGAAUCCGUAUCAACAUUUCAAACAAAUCGAACAAAGUUUGAACAGGCCCAAGAUUCCUUGGCCAAGAAGACCAAGAGUGCAGUUGACGCGGGCUUCGAAACCCACUUCGCAAAACGAGUCGUGAAUUUGGCCAACGACAAAGAUGGCAGCGAUGCAGUGUCGUUUGAAUCCGGCUCUAACGUGACGGUGAACAGCAAAAGCGUUCCGCUGACGAGCGAAGAUCGACACAACAUCAGCAACGUCAGUGUAUCGAGCAGCGAGACCGGCGAAAGCAGUCCAACAAAUCCUAGAGAACUCAACCGGCAGGAGUCUGAUACAACGCCACCGCUGCCCAGCACCCCGAUGCCGUUACCUAUACCUCACAAGCUGACGUACAUAACGGAGAUAAAGGUGUCUACCAGUCAAGAAAACCUGAACGACAUCGACGGCGAUAACGAUGAGAUAGUUGGGAUGGUGGAGGGUGGCACGGAGUCUAUCAGCAAGCAACCACAGCUUGGGGUGACUGUUACGUCCAACGGAAAACCAGUGGCAGGCAAAAAACCACCCAUACCUCCGCGAAGGUCGGAUGUUGCAAAGUUGGCGAAAGAAGAGCUGGAAAAGCAAGUCGUCUAUGUUUCAGAGUACAAAUCAAGCCCAAGUAAAGACCCGGCAGUCCAAGUUGCCGAGGGUGCUGGAUCCGAGAUGAGUCGGACGUCUGGAGGCAUUGGUAAGAAAUUUGAGCAGUGGGUGUUCUUGGGAGAGAACAAGGAUAAUCCGUGGGAGAAUAGCGGUGGACAACCCCAACCUGUAACGAACAUAGUCCUGACAUCAAAUGAUGAUAAAAUGAUACACCAGUAAAACGGUACUGCAGUAUUGGAUCGGAUGAUCAUAUGAAGCCUUUCAGAAAGCCCACGUUUUUCUCAUCAUUGCGUUUUCAUCAUAAUUUGGCUUCGAGGUUACCUUCAUUGAUUCGAAUACAAAGUAGAAUAUAAUGUGUCUAAUAGUAAGUUGUGGGCUUUUUUGUAGAUUUAAAUUCAAGUUUUAACUUUGAAACGAAUUUGACAAACUCUAUCUCGAGUUCUAUUUUGGUCAAUUGACUUUAUGUUUUACCCUGAACAUAUUAAUUGAAGGACAAUGACUAUCUUCCAUUGCCGGGAAGGUGAAGAUACGUACCCGAACCUCUUAAGCCACGUGCCAUAAGUACAUAGAAAGAAACGAAGUUCAAGAUGGAGUGUGAGUAUAUGACUAUGAUGAAAAAAUUGCGAAAAUUAUUAUUGGUAUUGUGAUCGUGUGCGGCCUUGUCUAGCGAGUAAGGUUGCAAUGUAUAUGUGUAUGUAUAGGUACGUAUAGAUUUGAAAACAGAGAAUAAGGUAAUUUAAAAAUAUUAAAAUAUAAAACUCGACUACGAUUGAGUUUUUGUAAAUAAAGGCCAGUGCGUGCAACGCAUGUUAUUGUUUAUCUUUAAGUAUCAUAUUACAAGUGAAGUAAAUUUUAUUUUAUGAAAUAUAUAGGUCGUGAAUAAUACGUAAUUGAAUAUUCAACGACAAUCAAGGAGCAGAAAUCUUUACAAACUCAUACUUUCACAGCAACUUUUCUCACCCAUGAAUAAUAUAAGAAAAACUUCUGUACUGUUAUAUUUUUUUAGUUUUCCCCAUUUUAAUUUUUUAACUAUAUAAUACGAAAGUCAAGUUAACAGAAGAGACCAGAAUUAAGUAUAAAAACGUACACACGGUGUACGACGAUUAAAAUAUGGUAUAAAAUCAAACGAUGCGUCGUUUAAUUAAUUGUAAUUCGUACUUAUGAUUAUGGAAGAAGUACGAUUAAUUCUUGUGAUUACCGUAUAAGAUCUGGCAACAAAUGAUUAACGUAUACCGUAUUGUAUGUACAUGCCUGUAGUGUGUACGGGAGAAAAUAUAUACAUCAAGUGUACGUAUAUUUGCAUCAUAACUGUAGUUAGGCCUCUGUCCUACAGCCGAUGAGGAAUAUUAAUAAUAACUAAUUGACCUAGAAAUAUAUUUACGCUUAAGUUUGAGGAGGUCGUUACAUCGCACCAGCAGGUACGCGGACGUGACUGAUAAUAGAAUACGUUAAGCAAACAGUUUUUGACUCUUAGUGCAAUGGAAAACGUGACAAUUGCCAGGAAACGGUGAAAAGGAAGCUAGAAAUUUGAAUUUUUUUUACUAACAAUGAGUUCAGAUGUUACAAAUGGCCGCUAUUGCAGACUCUUAAAUUGUUUGCUUCCCGAUUUUAGCCUUUUUUGUAUUAUUUAGACAAAGCUAGAAAGAAAUUGGCGACACUUCAAGUUUUAGUCGCUUCAAAACGAAUCUUAGUUUUUGCAUGAGUGAAAAACAUGUAUUUUACUAUUAUUAUUGUUAUUAUUAUUAUUAUUAUUAUCAUUAUUGCUUUUAUAAAUAUUCGAACUACCGAAAAUUUCAAUAAGCGAAUGUAUCGAUAAUAUGCGUUAUAAUUUAUUCCCGCAUUAUCCCCUUCAUGGUGUUUGUUAAUAUGCCUACUUAAAUAAUAUUACGCCAGAGAUAUACGGAUGUUUUAUAUUUUUAACCCCUGAUGGUUAAUUUCAAUUAUUUUUAUCACGCGUGUAUAGUAAAUAUACAGAUAAUAUAACGGCUGGGUGAAUGUUUGCAAAUAGUGUAACGAGAAAAAGAAUUUAUACUCUUCCAUCAUGUAGAUGCGUUGUUGUUUAGGCUUUGUAUUCACACAAAGCAUAUAUGUAUGAAAUUUUUUCGCUUGCGCAUUCCGGUUUUUCUUUUGGAUAACUCUAUGGUGCCACAUAAGGGUUGUUUUCCAAGAACACAAAUUUGCAUAAUUUCUUUCGAGAGUUUACAAAGUGAUCAAGUUUAGACAAUAUUUAAAUAAUACACUUUAAUAAUGUGUAAGAUUGGUUAUCAGUUCGACAAAUUUACAUAAGUACCUUUCACAAGACUUGAUGGUUUUUAACUUGACAUCGCAUUGCAUUGUCACCAAUGAAAAAUUUUUAAGAGAAUAAAAUAACUAUGACCAAUAUGGAAAUUAUUUUCGUACAAUUUUUUCAAAUUAAAAACCAUAAUUAUUUCAAUAAUUUCCGCAAUUGUAUAAACGACGAUGAAUGCACGAGGAAAAAAAAAAAUUUAACACUUGGGUGUGUAAAUUGUUUUACUGUGAAAAUCAAACUGCAUAACGAUAUGAAAAGCCUUAUACAAUAAAAUAUAUAAGGAUUUAUAAACGUGAAUAACGGAAUGAAACAAAAGACAAACGAGUUGUUAUGAUAUUAUACGAUAUUGUAUAUUUUAUUUAAUUUUAUACAAACAUCAUGAUUUAUUAUUAUUAUUAUUAUUAUUAUCAUUGCUUAGUAUGUAACAAAUGUUUGUAUCACAAAAUAAAUAAAUCUCAUUGUUUACAAAAAAAAAAAAUAAGGAAGACAGCAAUAACAAUUGCAGUGUGAAUGCACCCAAAUAUUAUAUAUAAUUCAUAAUCUUUUUUACACCUUUAAGUUUUCAAUAACCGAUUAUCUAUGGU